GGAUUAUAAAGUAUCACGGCGUUCGAUGGGACGUUUAUGUAAACGUCAUUUUCGAUACUUUCUACCAGUGUCCAGUCUCCCCUGUCGCGCAGGAAUUGUAAACAAAGGCCUGUCACCCGUCCGUCACUACGGGAGUGAUGGUGUAAACAAAGUGCAAAACUGCAAAAAGAAAGGGCGUUUCGCAGCCAUCUUGAAUCGCAUUUUUCACGAAAUUUUUCGCCAUGGAGGAAGCUCUGCCGGAAGUUCCCUGUCACGAUCCAACUCAGUUCUGUCGGUUGUGCUUCUCACAGAACAGCAUACACUGGGUCAUUCGGACGUUCGGGACCGAAGUGGAUCUGCCCUUCGUCAACACUAUCGGCGAGUGUUUGGGCAUAUGGUUGAGCCUGGAGGAGGAUUUUCCGUACGCAGUAUGCCGGCUGUGCACCAUACGCCUGGAAGGCAUCAUAGAGUAUCGAGAGAUCGUUCGGCGCUGCGAUGCCGCACUGAAGGCCAAACGCAAGGCGGAUCCCGCUGCCAUGGUGCUGUUCUACGAUUACCCGGAGGAUAAGGUGUUCAUCAAUGGACCGGAAAAGCCGGGAAUUUUUCCGGACGACCCUGAUUUUCAAGCAGCAAUGAUCCAGCCAGAAGUGUCACUGAAGGAAAGCAAGAGCGGAGAAUCAAUGGGAGCUUCAGGUGUUGCGUUGACUCGAAUGAGUCAAGCUGAAAAGCAGUCGGCACUACGAAGUUAUAUGGACUCGUACGUUAAGUGGACAACGGAUAUUUCCACCAAGAAAGAUGACGAUGAAGCUACAGUAGUUGCCCCGGAAUCCCUGGAACACGACGAUCUGUCAGAGUUGAGCGUCCUCUGCGAGAAGUACGUCAACCCAGACCGACGAACUCCGCCGCCCCUGAAGAAGCAAAUUCAGCUCAGUCGGUACACAUGUUGCUUCUGUCAGCUGACGUUCCGAACAAAACAAAACCUGAACGGCCACAAGUUUGCUGUCCACCGUUCCCAGAAAAACACUACCGAAUGCACGGAAUGCCGACAGAUUUUCCCGUCUCCUGCUCACCUGAGACAACAUAUGCUCCGGCACAGAACCGAUCUUUACAUCACCUGCGAGACAUGUGGCAUGCAGUUCAUGACAAACAAUGAACUCCAAUCGCACCUAAAAAAUAAUGGCUGCCGUUUGAUGACGUUCGGUAAGUGCGAAUACUGUGACAGGACCUUCUCUCGGCGGGGACGCUACAUCUUCCAUCUCAAAAAUCUUCAUCCAGAUAAACCGAUCCCCGAAUAUAAAGAAUUGCCCCCAAAGCGAAAUAAAUCCGCCAAGCCCACAAAUAGCUGGGAGGGAGAAAAGAAAGGUCGUUACGUAGUCAUGCUGGAACCGCUCUCAGAAGGAGCAACUGACGCCAACGAAACAGUCACAGACAAUCCCAAACUGGUUUGCAUCGUAUGCUACGAGAAAUUCCUUGACCUAGAGGCCUACGACAGCCAUCUGCCACAAUGCUUCAUACAAGAUGAGGACAAUGAAACGACUUCCGGUUCACAACGAACCCCACCGCCACCGUACGAGCUAUGCGACUGUAACGCCUGUACGGAGAUAUUCGAGGCGAUCGAUCCCUUCGUCGAGCACCUGCGAAACCACGAGACACCGCUGCUAAUCAAACCACACGAUUGCUGUCAGUGCAGCGGGCAGGAGCCCAAGUUCCUGAUGUAUCCGAACAGCCCUUCUUCGAUUCUUGGCGAAUAGUUGCUGACGGUCGCGUAGAUUUUAGAAGUUCUCAUGUGAUUGAUGUCGAGUUCAUUUUGUGCAUCUCUUUAUCAUAAUUCUCAACGUUAGUGUAUUUUUAGUCGUAGUGUCAUGAAUCAUUCAGAUUGAAUGUAGAUUUGGCAGAGCCGAAGGUAUGUCAGGUAAGGGCACCCUUAUUUAAUUAAACUGAUUUUUGUUUAUUUCUCAUAAUAAACAAGUAGCACAAUUCCGUCGGA